AUGUUAACUCAGGAAUACACCCACAUAUAUAUACACCCACAUGUGUUACCCACGGAUACACCCACACGCAUAUUACCCGGAGAUAUCCCAAAGCAUAUAUCACCCAAGGAUACACUCACACACACUACCGAGGAAUACGCCCACAUAUGCAUGUUACUCAGGAAUACACCCACAUAUAUUACCCAAAGGAAUACACCCACACGCAUAUAUAAUCCAGGAAUACAUUCAAAUGCACAUACUGUACCCAUAUUCUCAUAUUUCUUAUCCAACGAUACACCUGCAUGCAUACAUUAG